AUGGCCGCCUUUACUUCCGCCCAGAAGGAUGUUCCAGAUUGGGCGAGCCCGAGUGCCCUUAGCAUGGCCAUCACGCUCCAACCGGGGGACAGGAGUUCGUCGUCGACGUAUACCGUGAUCCCAUUGACCCCGAGCCUGGGGCUCAAUGGAACCGGCGUGACCCGCGGCACCAUCAGCAUCACGGGCCAUCUCAAGGCAGCCAAUGUCUCUUCCUACAACGACUUGUCCGGCGGCGACACCAUCGCCUUCUUGUCGUGCGACAAGCCUGCUUCGGACGGAUUCAUGGGCCCCGACGAGAUGCUCAGUAGACUCAUGAAGGCGUCUUUGAAGGCAAUUAUCCUUUACACAAUCGACCAAAACAUCUGCCUAAUCUCGAAUGACGGUAAGCUGCCCUACACGAGCAUCUUGUCCAUGGCCGACUCCGGCGAGGCUGGAGGGGUCUUGUCGUAUUUGAACGGCACCCAGCCAGCAAUGAGUGCCGACGCCCAUAUAUCCGGAAAGUCCGUCCAGUCAAGUCCAAGUUCUGGAUCAGGAGACGGCGGAGGUAACAAUUCGGCCGUUGCUAUGAGCAUUUUGUACAGCAUCACUGGCAUCAUCACCCUGUUGUUCUUGGUCAUCAUUGCCACGGGUGCCAUUCGAGCCCAUCGAUAUCCCGAAAGAUACGGGCCGCGAGGAGGUCUCGGCGGGCGACCUCGCCAAAGCAGAGCAAAAGGCCUGGCCCGUGCCGUGCUGGACACGAUUCCUAUUGUCAAGUUUGGCAACCAAGAGCCGGCAAAGCCUGACCCAGAGCUUGAGCUUGACAGCGCCACGGUCGAUGGACAUGAAACUGCAUCUCAUAGAACCGUGACAAAUACCGGGGAAGGCGAGGCGCCCGAAGCCAAGACCGCUGCCGCCGCGGCCGCCGCCCUGGCGGCCAAAAACGAGGGCGGUGGACAAGCGUCGUUGGGGCCGGAUCCCAGUGCUGGACGUGCCGAAACCGAAGAAGGGGACGAGCACCUCGGCUGCUCCAUUUGCACAGAAGACUUUACGGUUGGCGAGGACGUGAGAGUUCUGCCUUGCAACCACCAGUUUCAUCCUCAUUGCGUCGAUCCCUGGCUCGUCAAUGUUUCUGGAACGUGCCCCUUGUGCCGCUUGGAUCUUCGCCCUGGGCGGCAAGCCCCCAAUGAUCCGUCCUCCCCUAAUCCACAAGAACACCUGGCUCCUCCCUUGGUUCUGGAGGGAGAAGACGGCGACAGCCCUCAUGCGAUUCACGGCAAUCGACUCAGUCGGCUGUUGGAUGUCAAUCGAUUACGGCAGGCUGGUGUAGAAGAGCGAAUAGCUGCCCUCCGACAGAUGCGCGCCCACUCGACGGACCACGAGACCCAAGUGCCAGAGACGCCGGAGGACAGACCACAUGCCGCUCGACUGACGGGCAAGUUAAAGCAUAAAUUCCGCAUACGAACGAGGUCGCAGCCUGCAAGCCCAUGA